ACUACAUUUGUUUUUAAAUUGCACAUGGCGGCGCUCGCGGCCGCUGCCGCCCCGUGAGUUUAGUUUUAAACCGUGUUUGUGCGUAGCGGAGAGAAAGCCACGUGGAACAGCGGUAGUAAGCUUCACGAAUCAAUAUUUACUGCUGCGUUUAAAAACAAUUAGGCUACGAAGUGUGUCUGUUGUGUGGCAGCAAUGACGGGGAAGAGAUCGCGGAGCGGCACCGACCUGAAGCGCUUUCAAGAAGCCAUCGAGCGCUUCGUGGAAACGGCGGAAACCAAACCAGAGCAAGACAGGGCUCAACUCCAGAACUCCGGCCUCGGUCCAAACAAGCCGAAAUGUCGGAAGGAGAUGAGGAAAGAGCGGAGGGUGCUGAAGAAGCGCCGGAUGAGAGACUAUUAUCAGAGGAAACACCUGAACCCGAGUCCCGAGGAAACCCCGGGCAGCGGCGUGAAAACGCCGGCUCAAAAGGAGAAGACGAACGAGGCAGAGGACGAGGGGCCUCGGCCCUGCCAGGAGACGGGUCCGAAGAGAAAAGCGACGUUCGUCUCAGCCAAAUCCGCAGGGAAAGUUAAGGGACGACCCCCAGCCAAAGUCAUGAACGAGCAAAUCCGGAGACUGGGCUUAUUGGAGGCCAACCAAGAGGAAGAGAAGGAGAUCAAGAGGCUGGAAAAAGCCUUGGGAUUGAACAAACGUAAAAAUAAAACUACCAUGCCACAGGCCUUCGCCCGGGACGGCCUGGAUUACAUCCUAGGGAUUGUAGAGCCCGGCGCCGCCACCGCUAUGUCAGGUUUAUAUGAAGAGAGUGACGAUGAGAUGGGUGCAUUGCAAGAGGAGCUUAUGAAUCAGGCUGACAGUGAUCCGGAUCAGUCCGACGAUCAACAGGUCUCAGAAGAGGAUUCGUGCCCCUCAGACGUGGACUUUGUGAGGGAGGAAAGUAGGAAGAUGAUUGAAACAGCAAAUCGCAACCAGGAGUCUGAUCAAUCCAGCGAUGAUGCUGAUGAAAGUUCGCAGCCAAGUCAACCAGCACUUGAAGCCGAACGGGACCGAACAACAAAUGAUAGCGCAGUUUCUGGAAAAUAUAUCCCUCCACAGUUACGUAAAUUGUCUGAAACGGUGACUGCAAAAAAGAAAGAAGAACUUGCAAGACUGAGGAAGACUAUCAAAGGACUUCUGAAUAGACUGAGUGAACCUAACAUGGCCUCCAUUAGUGGCCAGCUUGAAGAAUUUUACAUGGCAAAUAGUCGUAAAGACAUGAAUGAGACACUGACUGAUGUUCUGCUAACAGCCUGUGUCACGCCAGCCUUGAUGCCAAACAGGCUGAUGAUGGAACAUGUUCUGCUGGUUAGCAUUCUUCAUCACAAUGUUGGAAUUGAGGUUGGAGCCCAUGUUUUGGAAACAGUGGUGAAGCGAUUUGAAGAAUACUCUCAAAGUGUCAAUGAAGGAAAGGAAUGUGAUAAUCUAAUCAAUUUGAUUGCACAUUUUUACAACUUUCACAUGGUACACUCCGUGUUAGUGUUUGAUAUUUUAAAGAAAUUUGCCAACAGCUUCAAAGAGAAGGACAUUGAGCUAACACUUUUUUUACUGAAGCAUGUGGGAUUUGCUCUUCGGAAAGAUGAUGCUGUGGCAUUGAGAGAAUUCAUCAUGGAGGCUCAAAAGAAAAUUAACAAUGAUGGUAAACAGUUUCAUGACCAGACCAGGGUUCGUUUUAUGCUGGAUAUCAUGUUAGCACUAAAGAAUAAUGACAUGCGUAAAAUCCCAGGUUAUGAUCCUGAACCGGUGGAAAGAUUUCGAAAGCUCCAGAGGAGUCUGAUUCAUAACAGUCGUGGUGAUUUCCAACUACGUGUAACAUUAGAAAACCUACUUUCAGCGGAGCAAGUUGGACGGUGGUGGAUUGUAGGUUCUGCAUGGAGUGUUGCUCCAAUGAUUGAUCACGCAGGUUCCAAAACACAGCAAGAUGUAGUUGUUGGAGAGCUAAGUGGAAAACUUAUGGAGCUGGCACGCAAACAGAGGAUGAAUACAGAUAUUCGGAAAAAAAUCUUCUGUGUCAUGAUGACCAGUGAGGAUUACUUGGACGCCUUUGAAAAUCUCCUGAGGCUUGGGCUGAAAGACCAGCAGGAAAGGGAGAUUAUUCAUGUCCUUGUUCACUGUUGCCUGCAAGAAAAGACUUUUAAUCCUUUUUAUGCAUUUUUAGUGGAAAAAUUCUGUGAAUAUGAGAGAAGAUUUCAGAUGACAUGCCAGUUCAGCCUGUGGGAUCGCUUCCGAGAAUUGACGAACUUGUCUAAUGUGGCAAUCGCAAACUUGGUUCAUCUUCUUGUUCACCUUCUCGGUAGGAAGGUGCUGUCUCUAUCCAUCUUUAAGGUAAUUGAGUUCAGUGAACUGGAUAAACCGAAAGUCAAGUUCCUGAGACAAGUUCUCCAUAAACUAUUAAUGGAUACUGAACCAGAAGAAAUAGCAAUGGUAUUUCAAAGGAUCUCUGGAAUUCCAGCUCUGGCAAUGUUGCGGGAAGGUCUGAAUCUCUUCAUUUCCCAUUUCUUGUUGAAGAAUGCCUCCAACCUGGGCUCGUCAGAACAAGUCAAUUUGCUCAAAGAACGCAUAGCCAUUGCUGAAAAGGCUUUACAAACCAAAGAUACCAGACUAAAAUUUUAAUAAUGUUAUACACCAUCGAAGACCUUAAUCCAACAUGAAAUGGAACAUCUUUCGCAUAACUUGUACAUCAUAAGAGGUGCCUGUCUGCGACAAGGCUGGCAUUUAUUAAUCAUCCCUAAUCCCUUGGCUGUUAUGUGCAAAAAUUAAAAAAUAACCCUAUUGAUUGGUCUGCAGUCAAGGCAAAGAUGGCAGAUUUUGGUCCAUGAAUAACAGUCUUCCAGCUACUUGGCCACUGGAUCAGUAACAAUGGGCCAUUGUGGGCUCCAUCAUUCCUUGAUCAUUGUAACUUUUUUUGCAUAUCUUCCAUUCAUUUGUUCUAUAUCUCUAUAUCACCGUCUAUCUCCCACAUUUCCCUUUCCCCUGACUUUCAGUCUGAAGAAGGGUCUCGACCCGAAAAGUCACCCAUUCCUUUUCUCCAGAGAUGCUGCCUGACCGGCUGAGUUACUCCAGCUUUUUGUGUCUAUUCGCAUUGCAGUCUGUGGACACUGAACACAGCAUUUCCAUCUGCAUGACUUGAGAGAUUACAAGAGUGGCUGAUGCUAAUGUAUUUGAAAGAAAUUAUCGCAAUUAUAUGUUUUAUCCAUUGAUACUUGAGCCUCAGCCAUGCUGUUCACUGGAGAAUGAACACCAGCAUGGUCCAGUUUCUGAUUUAUAACAAAUUAUAUCUUUGCAGGUAUUUUCUGUACAAAUGUGAUAUGAAAUGUUUAUAAAAAAAACAUGAAUUUCAAAC